ACAUGGCCACGGAAAAAACAAAACAGAAAACAAAGGAACAAUAGAGAGAGAGAGAGAGACAUUGAAUUAGAGAGAAAAUAGGAGCAUCCAAAACAAACCAAAAAAAUUUGUCAGAGAAGCUCUAGUUUAAAAACCCUCUUCCUCCCACCUCUCCAUCAUCCCAGAUCUCUUCUGACACCAAUCCAAAAGAUCUUCUGCCAUAAAAUUCCAAAACCCUUUUUUCUUAUCCAUUUGAUCCUCCUGAUCUGUGAACAAACUCUGUCACCAUCGAAUCUUUAUUGUGUUUUUACAGCUAAGGCUGUUCUUGAACAGGCAAACACACCAUGGAUGGUCCAAAGAGGUUCGACCCAGGUUCAAGAUAUUAAUGGUGUCUGGGUCCUGUAGUGGUGGUGGGUAUAUAGUUUCUGGAAUUGGGGUUGUGGGUUUGGAGCAUAAGCAAAAACUGGACUUGAGGUUGGGUUUGUGUCUUGUUCUUGAUCUGGGUAUGAUGAAUAUCUUGUUUGCUGGUUCUUUUGGAUGAUAUGUAAAUGUAUAUGUAAAGGUUUGUAAUUUUGGUUUGGUUAAGGAUUUGGUUCACUUGGGCUAUAUAUUUGUAUGUGUAAGAACUUAGUGGUGUUUGAAAAAAUGAUUAAACCAUGUUGGAAAACGUCCGUCGAGGGAGACGGAAGCCGCUGGGGGGGCAGAGACGGAAGUCGUCAAGGCGGAGAUCCUAAUGGUCGAGUUGAUGGUUUAAUGUGGUAUAAGGAUUUGGGAUACCAUCUAAACGGAGAAUUUUCAAUGUCAGUAAUACAAGCCAAUGGUUUGUUGGAGGACCAUAGCCGGUUAGAAUCAGGUCCAUUGAGUUCUCUCAGUUCAGGGCCUCAUGGGACAUUCAUUGGAGUUUACGAUGGACAUGGAGGACCUGAGACAUCCCGGUUCGUGAACGAGAACUUGUUCCUCAAUCUUAAAAAAUUUGCCUCUGAGCAUCAAGAGAUAUCGGCUAAUGUAAUUAAAAAGGCAUUCUUGGAAACCGAAGAGCAGUUUCUCACUAUUGUAAAGCAGCAGUGGGUUGAUAAGCCUCAAAUUGCAUCAGUGGGAUCAUGUUGUUUGGUGGGUGUGAUAUGCAAUGGACUUUUGUAUGUUGCAAAUGCUGGAGACUCCCGCGUGGUGUUAGGGAGAGCAGAGAAGUCUGUUAGAGGUGCCACAGCUAUUCAAUUGUCGACAGAACACAAUGCAAGUAUCGAAUCAGUGAGAGACGAGCUUCGCUCAUUGCAUCCCCAUGAUUCACAGAUUGUGGUUCUAAAACACAAGGUUUGGCGGGUGAAGGGACUCAUACAGGUUUCAAGAUCCAUUGGUGAUGCGUAUCUGAAGAAGGCAGAGUUCAACAGAGAACCUCUAUUGGCAAAGUUCAGACUCUCUGAACCCUUCUCGAAGCCAAUCCUUAGUCCAGAGCCUUCAAUCUUUAUCCACAAACUCAAUCCCAAGGAUCAAUUUCUCAUAUUCGCCUCCGAUGGUCUGUGGGAGCAUCUUUCCAACCAGGAGGCUGUCGAUAUCGUUAACAAUUGCCCGCGUAGUGGAAUUGCUAAGAGACUUGUCAAAGCUGCACUUCGGGUAGCGGCCAAGAAAAGAGAAAUGAGAUACACGGACCUGAAGAAGAUCGAUCGAGGGGUGAGGAGGCAUUUCCACGACGACAUUACUGUUGUAGUUGUGUUUUUAGAUCAGGCUGUGAUGAAUAGGAAUUCCUCUCGUAGUUGCAGUGUUUCAAUCAAAGGAGGUGGAGGUGUACCCACCAACCCUGUGAAGUCCUAGUCCACCAUAACCCAUUCCAAUAUUCUCUCUCAAAUUUUUCAUUCCAUUUUCCUUUCUUUUACUCAUUUCUGUAACUAUUUUGUGUCAUCUGGUUUUAUGGGCUGUGUUCAUCUGGUUUUGUUGGGUCAAA